AUGAGGAGUCCAGGGAUGGCUGUGUUCAAACAACAGAAGGUGGAAGACGUUUAUGAAAUUGGGGAAGAGCUAGGAAGUGGCCAGUUUGCGAUAGUGAAGAAAUGCCGAGAGAAAAGCACUGGAGUGGAAUAUGCUGCUAAAUUCAUUAAGAAGCGUCAGAGCCGGGCCAGCCGCCGGGGGGUGAGACGUGAGGAAAUCGAGCGGGAGGUGAACAUUCUGCAGCAGAUCUUGCAUGCCAACAUCAUCAAGCUGCACGACGUCUACGAGAACAGGACAGAUGUGGUCCUUAUCCUCGAGCUAGUGUCUGGAGGAGAACUUUUUGACUUCCUGGCACAGAAAGAGUCUCUGAGUGAGGAGGAAGCAACCAGAUUCAUUAAGGAGAUUUUAGAUGGUGUUAACUACCUCCAUGCCAAGAAAAUUGCUCAUUUUGAUUUAAAGCCUGAAAACAUUAUGCUUCUAGACAAGAAUAUUCCCAUUCCACACAUAAAAGUCAUUGACUUCGGCCUAGCUCAUAAAAUAGAAGAUGGAGUUGAAUUUAAGAAUAUUUUUGGAACACCAGAGUUUGUAGCUCCAGAAAUAGUGAACUACGAACCACUUGGGCUAGCUGCAGAUAUGUGGAGCAUAGGAGUCAUCACCUACAUACUGCUCAGCGGCGCAUCCCCUUUCCUUGGAGAAACAAAGCAGGAAACUCUCGCCAACAUCACAGCCGUGAAUUACGAAUUUGAUGAGGAAUUUUUCAGUCACACCAGUGAUCUGGCAAAAGACUUUAUCCGGAAACUCCUGGUGAAAGACACGCGGAAACGGCUCACAAUUCAAGAAGCUCUCACUCAUCCUUGGAUAACGACUCACCAGUUGAUAGAAGAAACAAAAGUCCAAGAAAACAAGAAGGCUGAGAACAGUCAGCUGAAGACAAAACGUCUGAAAGAGUACACCAUCAAGUGCCAUUCAAGUAUGCCACCAAAUAACACCUACAUCAACUUUGAGCGCUUUGCCCGGGUGGUAGAAGACAUUUCUCUGACGGAACGUGGUUUCAGCACUCUGGCUAUGUCCCACGACUCCCUGCAGGAGGACAUCGAUGCUCUGGUUUCCAUAUAUAAUGAAAAAGAAGCUUGGUACAAAGAAGAAAAUGAAAAUGUGAGACACAAGCUUUCACAGCUGAAGUAUGAGCACCGUAAAAUUGAAUCCCUGAAGAAACAUCUGCAGGAUGACAUCAAGACUGUAGGUUCUAGUCUUGCAAGUGUCACUGGGAAAUACAUUGAUCUAAAGUCUCAGUAUGAAUCUCUGAGUCAGGAACUUUCUGAGGAACUCAGGUGGAUCCAGGAUUUAAUGAGUAGUUUUCAGCUGGAGAAUGGAAAUGAUGCAUGUGUGAAUGGAAACUUUAGCUCUGUUUUCAACAAAGAUAUUAAUGAAUCAGUAAUGGAGCUGUUAAAUAGAUCUUGCUGUGAAGAAUUCCUUGCGGGCUUGAAUCUUGAUGUUGCAGAAUCAAGUCAGUAA